UACAUAUGUAGAAGCGACUCAGUUUCGUUUUAAACUCUGAGUGUAACACAACUAACUGAGAAUAUAUUUAAUAAACACUAUAUUCAUACACAUGCACCCCAAUGAUGAUAAUUAAGUGUUUUCUAGUAGUGCUUUUGGCAUCUUUCUGUUUGGGCGUCAAUACCACUUUAGACGAUCUUAUUUCGGAGAUUUUUAAAACAGACAGUUCCACACAAGGAACACCAACACCUCCUUUACAGCCUUCGACCCCUACACAACCUUCGACCCCUACACAAAUCAAAUAUGAGUCAUGCGGUAUUCAGAAGGAAUGUGUGCCUCGAUGGUUAUGUGCAAACGAUACGAUAAAUACUAGUGGAGAAAAUAUAAUAGACAUUCGAAUUGACGGACCUUGCUCAAAUUAUUUGGAACUAUGUUGCGAAAUUCCCAACAAGAGAGAUAAACCAGAUAUAUCGGUCGAACCUAUUGAUCGGGGCUGUGGAUACCAGAACCCUAACGGAAUUGGCUUCAAAAUAACGGGAGCAAUUGAUCAAGAAGCGGAAUUCGGAGAGUUCCCGUGGAUGGUUGCAAUUUUAAGGGAAGAGUCUCAACUUAACUUAUAUGAAUGUGGAGGCGCUUUAAUAGCCCCAGACGUUAUACUGACAGCGGCCCAUUGUGUUCAUAACAAGGAUGCAAAAUCUCUCAUCGUGCGGGCUGGUGAAUGGGAUACGCAAACGAAAGUAGAAAUAAUUCCGCAUGAGGAUCGUUAUGUGAAGGAUAUAAUAUAUCACGAACAGUUUAAUAAGGGAUCUCUUUAUAAUGAUGUUGCCCUACUUUUCUUGGAAGUCCCAUUUAGCUUCAAAUUGAACAUUCAACCUAUAUGCCUACCGAAUAAAGGGGAGGAGUUCGAGCUAGACCGCUGUUACGCAACGGGUUGGGGAAAGAAUAAAUUUGGAAAGGAGGGCGAAUACCAAGUUAUUUUGAAAAAAAUAGACUUGCCUGUCGUUGAAAAUGUACAAUGCCAAAACAAUUUACGCGAAACACGGCUUGGAAGGCAUUUUAUAUUGCAUGAUAGCUUUAUGUGUGCUGGAGGAGAAAAGGGUAAGGACACCUGUAAAGGCGAUGGUGGCUCACCCUUAGUGUGCCCAAUUAAAGGUCAACCAAACCGAUUUAAAUCUGCUGGCAUUGUUGCGUGGGGUAUAGGUUGUGGUGAAGAGAAUAUACCUGGUGUAUAUGCAAAGGUUUCGUAUUUACGACCAUGGAUAGAUCAAAAACUUGCCUUGCGACAAGUUGAUCCUAAAUACUUUACAGCUUAACCGAUUAAUCAUUUAAAAUACAAUUUGUAUCAAUUUUGUUCAAUGAACUGUGCAACAAUAAAUUUUCAAAAUAAUAAA